GUCCUGCUAACUGUUUCAAAGUUCAUUUGGUGAACAGGAAAAGAAGUUCAACAACAACACGAAGGACCUGUUGGACAUCAUGGCUUUUUACAGUCGAGUCUCAGGCUCUGUUGGCGUGAUUACUCUGCAGAAUCCUCCCGUCAAUGCACUGAGUGCAGCGGUGAGGCAAGGCAUUGUUCACACGAUGCACAGAGCUCUCAGUGAGCCAGAGGUGAAAUCUGUGGUAAUCUGUGGCCAGAAUGGAAAAUUCUGUGGAGGAGCAGACAUCAGGGAGUUCGGGGCCAACAUGAGAGGGCCUCCUCUGGUGCCAAUUAUCCAUUUGAUCGAGGCAGCAGAAAAACCGGUGGUGGCAGCCAUAGAAGGGGUCGCUUUAGGCGGAGGCCUCGAGUUAGCGCUCGGUUGUCACUAUCGUAUCGCGCACUCUAAGGCCAGACUUGGACUUCCAGAGGUGACUUUGGGUCUGCUGCCGGGUGCAGGAGGAACUCAGCGUCUGCCGAGACUCAUUGGUGUCCCAGCUGCCUUGGAGCUCAUCACCACAGGCCGCCAUGCGACUGCAGCUGAGGCUCUGCAGCUUGGAAUAGUGGAUGAGGUGACGGAUCACAGCACUGUGGAUGCAGCUGUGAAGUUUGCUCAAAGUGUGGCAGGUAAAUCUUUGGAUGCGCGUCGUAUCAGCACCUAUCCACGUCCACGCUCCCCUGAUUUGGCUGAGAUCUUUGAAAAAGCGAUGAAAGAGGUGCGACGGAGCGCCCGCGGAGCCAUAGCACCAGUUACUUGUGUCCAGGCAGUUCACGCUUCUGUCACCCUGCCCUACGCUAAGGGUAUGGAGCGGGAGAGGGAGCUGUUUUCCACACUCUUCACCUCAGGCCAGGCCCACGCUCUACAGUACUACUUCUUCGCCCAGAGAGCUGUCAGCAGGUGGAGCACGCCCAGCGGAGCCCGCUGGGACACCAGCAAGCCCAGGCCCGUGCGUAAAGCAGCUGUCAUCGGGCUUGGCACCAUGGGACGAGGUAUAAGUGUCUCCCUGGCCCAGGCCGGGUUGUCGGUGGUUGCCGUGGAGACCCAGGAGAAGCAGCUGUUGGAGGCAAAGCAGGCGGUGUCUGGCAUGUUAGAGAGGAGUGCCAAGAGACGAGGGGUGCCCCUGGCAGAUGAUAAAAUCAAAUACAACUGCAGCGUCCAGGCUGUGGCAGAUGUUGACCUAGUCAUUGAAGCUGUGUUUGAGGACAUGGCUCUGAAGAAAACCAUCUUUCAGCAGCUGUCGGGCAUAUGCAAACCUGGAACGCUCCUGUGCACAAACACCUCUGGACUGGACAUAGAUGAGCUGGCUUCUCAAACCCAGAGCCCAGAGCUGGUCGUUGGGAUGCACUUCUUUGCUCCAGCUCACGUCAUGAAGCUGUUGGAGGUGGUGUAUGGGCCACGUUCAUCUCCUGAAGCCUUGGCCACUGCCAUGGAGAUGGGAAAGAAGAUGGGAAAAGUGAGCGUCGCAGUUGGAAACUGCCGGGGUUUUGUAGGGAACCGUAUGCUGAAGCCUUACCUGGAGCAAGCCUUCUUCCUACUGGAAGAGGGAGCCACACCUGAGCAGGUGGAUCAGGUGCUGGAAGAGUUUGGGUUUGCUAUGGGUGUGUUCAAGGUGUCCGACCUCUCCGGGCUGGAUGUUGGCUGGAAAGUCAGGAAGGCAGAUGGUUUAGUUGUGCCUGGCUCUACAGGAAAGUCUGCUAGAAUACGAGGAGGCAGCAGGUACAGUCCUUUGGGAGACCUGCUCUGUGAGCAGGGAAGGUUUGGUCAGAAAACGGGCAGAGGAUGGUAUCAGUAUGACAAACCCGGUGGUCGUGUGGCUAAACCCGACCCUUGGCUGUACGGAUUUCUGGAGGAGUACCGAGCCCGGCAUGGCUUGGUGGCGCGCCGCAUAGAUCACCAGGAGAUGCUGGAGCGAUGCCUCUAUGCCAUGAUUAAUGAGGGUUUCCAAAUUCUCCAGGAUGGAAUAGCUGCAGGACCAGAAGACAUCGACGUCAUUUAUGUCCUCGGGUAUGGAUGGCCCCGCCACCGCGGGGGUCCCAUGUUCUACGCUGGCCUGGUGGGUCUUGACAAGGUUUUGAAGAGGCUGGAGCACUACCACCAGGUGUACCCUGAUAUUUUAGGUCUGAAGCCCUGCAGCCUGAUCAGGAAGCUGGCUGCCAGCAGUAGCCCACCGAUUCACAGAUGGAGGGAGUUCAUCCAGAAACCCCGUAGCCAGCUUUAAACAUCAGCUCACCUUUAAUGUGUGAGCAGAUUUUUCUAAUAAUGAACGCUAAUUAACCAAAUGAUUUAAAAUGUAUUUUGCACUCAAAUGUACCUUUUUAAUAAGCUCCAUUAAACUAUAUUAAAUUGCAUAAAUAAUUCUGA